CCUCACGUCGCAAAGCAACUGUCCUGAAGAGGAAGCUUACAACUUAAUCACGUCUACAUCGUCUACUUAUCGCCAAGUUACACCCACAACCAACAUUAAACCUCGAACUAGCUAUUUAUAAUAUAUAUAUACUGCUAUAUAAUAUAUAUAUACCUUGAAGUGGCAUGCAGUAGACUCGAGCCCUAGGCGAUGGCUAGGCUCCUGCGUGUUGCGGUGACGGGCGCUUGCCUCGCCCUAGCCGCGCAAAUCGCGCUGCUAUACUGGACCUCGCUACACGAUGAAGAUCUACGUCCACAGAAAAUGCCAAAGCCGAUUACAUGUCCCCCUCUGGACGAGCCCGCAGCUCUGGCCCGCUUCCAGCGACUGCUCACCUUCCCCACCGUCAGCAACGCCUCCGCGCCCGACCACGUGGGGGACCCCCAGGCCCUACGGGGCAUGUUGGCGGCGCUGCGGGAGUCCUACCCGCUGGUGUGGAGCCGGCUGACAGUGGAGCAGGUGGGUGCGGGCGGCUUCAGCCUGCUGCUGACGUGGCGCGGCUCCUCCCCCGGCCUGCGCCCCGUGCUGUUCGUGAGCCACUACGACGUGGUGCCGGUCACCCCGGGUAGCGAGGCGGAG